AUGCAUGCUUUGUCUAAUUAUUUUAAAAAUGAAGCAAUUACAAAUCGUUAUUUUGCAUCAAUAUUUGAUGAUAAGGAUGAUGAUAAUCUAUUGAACAAUAAUGAAUUAGACAAAUAUUUGAAUACUGAUAAAGUACCUAUUGCCCCACCAGGAGCUCAACCUUUGGUAUAG